CUAUUUGUUUCAUAUAAUAAGGUGACAAAAAAUGUCGAUAAUGUCAUCUUUGUGUCUCUCCUCCAAUUAGCCAUGUUCUAAACGAGCAUGGCAUUAGGUACGAAUAUUUAAAAUGGAUUUAUUUGAAAAACUGAGCCUGCAUGGUACCUUAAGAGCAAUUAAAAGUUAGUAAGUUUACUAAACGUCAGUGUUUUUGUUUAAAACACGAAGAUGUAAAACAAUUUUGAAGAGCUGUGAUUGAAGGGAGGUAUCCCUCCAAACCAUAAAAGUCCCCAGCCUUCGGUUACCUACAAGUGACGUCAGUCAGGUCGUCCAGAGCGACAAAAUCCGUUCCUAGAGACACAGAUCAUCAGUUACACAGUUUCAAGUCGGACAGAACCGUCACAGGAGGACAAACGUUCAUGUGCCAUGAUUAUGGACGAUAAACAACCGGUCAUCUGACGUUGAAUUUAAACUCAGCUCGUGUACUACAUAAACCAUCAUUUAAAAAAAAAAAGCAAAUUCGACUUGCAUGAACUUUCCCACCAGGCAGACUAACCCUCAGCUUGCAACAAUAGGUUAAUCAGUCGCUGUUCGAAACAGGAGCCCAUGCUCCCCGCCGAAGGAUGACGGAGGGCCUAAAAUUGAGCUGAGCCUACUAAAGCACUGAUGCAUUAAAAACGUCAGUUGGCAGGCAGAUGCAAAAUUAGCAUUUUAAAACAAUAGUAAACUGUGAUUGUUCAAUUGCAUUAAUUGCGUUAAUUGAGGCAUGUAUAGCGGUUCUAUUGCAUGACGAGAAAGCUGAGAAAGAACACUGAACAUCCCGCUGGCGAUGGAACUGGAUAAAAAUUCCUCGGUGUCGGAAAGAAGAACAAGUUUUCGUGAUGUGCAACUAUCGCCCGUGUCGGAAAAAUUGCUGAUAGCGAGACAGCCAAAAGAGGACGAGAACUCCAAAAAACAGCUCACGAAACGAGAAAAGCUUUUAGUUGGCUUUAUAGCAUUCCUGCUUUCCAUGUUCAUUCUCUUGGCAGUUGUCUUCGGCUUUCUUUAUGUACAAGUCCAUUCAAACUCACCAAUAAAAGAGGAGUCAACAGAGGGGUUACAUCAAGGCGUAUACCCAUGCGUGACGAAGGAUUGUGUUAUCACAUCCACAGAAUUGCUCAACGUUUUAGAUCCAAGCAUUGAUCCCUGUGAAAACUUUUAUGAGUACGCCUGUGGGGGAUGGAAAAAGAAAAACCCGUUACCCAAUCAGAAGAAGGAGUGGAAUCAGUUUACCAAAAUGGAAGAAGAAAGUAAUCAAUUUAUACGCAAGAUUCUGAAAUCAAAAGAAACGCAAGCUGAGUAUUCAAAACUUGCAUCCUUUCAGAAAGGGAUAGCUUAUUACAAGUCAUGUAUAAAUACAGAAGAAAUUAACAGAAGGGGUUCCAAGCCUUUACACGAUCUGAUAAAGGAAUACGGAUCUUGGACUGUAACCUCAGACGAUUGGAAUGAGGAGUCCUGGGACAUGUUAAAAUAUAUUUCUUUAAUGAGGAGAAAACUGGCUGUAGGACCGCUGUUUACUGUGUUUGUAGGCGCUGAUCAACGAAACAGCAGCAUCAACGUCGUACAAAUUAGACCGAUAGCCCUUCUGGGACUUUCAAGAGAUCGUUUGACUUCUAAUACCACUGAUGGAAGAAAGGGACGAGAAGUCUAUAAAGACUUUCUUUUUAAUCUGACAAGAGCAUUAGGAGCAAAAAACGAUUCACACAGUGAAAUCAUGAAUAUCAUCGACUUUGAGAUCAAACUCGCUCAGGCCAUGCCAAGUGGUAGAAAAGCCUAUGAUGACAAAAAUUUGUACAGGAAGUUGACAGUUAAAGAACUAAACGAAUAUGCAGGAAGUGAUCAGAUGAACUGGAGGCAAUUCCUAGAACAGUUGCUGUUUCCUGUGACCGGUGUACAUGUCGCAGAUGAAGAACAGGUCGUGGUUUAUGGAGUGGAUUACCUGAAAAACAUCACCAGACUUCUCAAAAAAACUCCAAACAAAACCAUUGCCAACUACAUAAUGUGGAGAUUGGUACACUCGACAUAUCUACGACUGGGAAAAGAAUUUGAGGAGAUUUUUAAGAACUUUUACAUCCAGUUAGAUGACUACUGGGUAUCAAUCCCGCGAGAAGAGCUAUGUCUGCAGCUGAUGAAAGAAAAAUACUUCGACACACCGCUUUCCAGAAUAUAUGUGGAUAAACUUUUCAAUGGAGACAGUAAGAAAAUUGCAAAAGAACUCACAGAUGAUAUCAGGGAGGCGUUUCAACAGAACAUACUUGAACUUGACUGGAUGGAUGACAAGACCAAAUCCCACGCCAUACGGAAGGUCGAACUGAUGGUUGAGAACAUUGGUUUCCCAAAUUACAUUGUAGAUGACAAACUGAUAGACGAAGAAUACAAGAAUGUUGUUUGCCACCAAUCAACGUACUUUGAGAAUGAGUUGUCAUUGGAUGAAGCCAUAACUGAAAGAGAGCUUGCAGUCUUAAACAACCUCGUCGAUGAAACAAAGUGGGCACUAUCACCUAUUUCUGUUAAUGCUUAUUACGAUAUGUUGGCCAACAAAAUGGUUUUCCCAGCGGCUAUUCUCCAAUCGCCAUUUUACAACAAACGUUACCCAAGGGCCAUGUUGUACGGAGGAGUUGGCGCUAUUAUGGGACACGAGCUAACUCAUGGAUUUGAUGUGGAUGGGAGGCGAUUUGACAUGAAAGGAGAUGAACGAAACUGGUGGAGCGAGGAAACUCUUGAAGCUUUUGAAAGGAAAACCAAAUGUUUGAAAAAACAAUACUCCAAUUUUACGUUUGAUGGGGGCACGGUUGACGGCGAGCAAACCUUAUCAGAAAACAUAGCAGAUAACGGAGGAAUCAAACAAGCUUUCAGAGCUUAUCAGAAUUGGAUCGCAAGGCAUGGUGAGGAACCUCGACUGCCUGGAAUGAAUCUUACUAAUGAACAGAUAUUCUUCAUAAGCUUUGCAAGAAGUUGGUGUUCCGUAUUUUCAAGUCAAGGAGAGGAAUUCGCACUAAUGAGUGAACACAGUCCAGCGCCAUGGAGAGCUAAAGCAUCCGUGAUGAACUUUCCCGAGUUUGCCAAAGCAUUUAACUGUGGCAAUGGAAGUCCAAUGAACCCAAUCAACAAAUGCGCCGUCUGGUAACGAGCUGCUGGUCUAGUCCAACAUCGCUAUGUAGCUACUGUUUUGUGUUUGUUGUCACGUUGCGAGUUUUCUGACCUACUUUUAGCCACCUAAAUUCGAUGUAACUCGCUGCGAUAAACACCACCUAGUACAAUGAAAAUCGGAGAAGGGUGAAUCCUCAAUACAACAACAGCGUAUCGUAGUUUAUUUGAUUUACCACACAAGCUACAAAACGUAAAAAACGCCACUGGAAAAACGUGAGGUUAUUAUUUUAAUGUAACAACUGUCACAAAAAAGUAUUUUUGAAGUGAAUAUUAAUAAAGUCAGUUUAUUGUAUAGUUCAUGUCUCUAAUCUUCUGUCAUCGCAUCCUUUUUUUUUCUAUUUAAUUACCAUCAUAAAUUUAUUAAUUGAUCAAGUCAGCCGGAAUAAUGAGGCCGAUUCUAUUGGCGAUGUGCGUCACAACAGUGGCUAAACUGUUAUGAUGUUUUUGACAAUAAUAAAUUCACUGACCGUGCCCUUCUUUGUAAGAUCCAAUUAUUAAUCGUGUUCGAUAAUUAUGCCGUGUUUUCCCGGCAAUGAUAAAGGCUGCGUUUAGAACACUUUAAAAAACAUAAUUGCAACUUGUACUUUGAACAAGUUAGUAAAUUAUUUAAACCUCUCACUUAUUUUACCUAGCAACACGGAAACAGUGUUUACCGGAUUCCUCGUUUUUCUUAAUUAAAGAUUAAUUCUUCCAUCGAAGACCUCUAACAUAGUAAAUUUCAUACGCGGCCGAACUAAAGUAAAUAUGAGAACUCGAGUAUCUUGUCAGGUAAGAACAUACGUUAUGUUUCUUAAUGAUCGUUUUUCAACGUCGUUAAGUUGCAGCCGAUGGUCUAAUGGAAAUGGGAAUAUUGCUUUAAAACAUAAGCUUAAAAAAUAUGUGAAAUAAUCUGUUGUCCAAAUUUGGAUGUGGAUUUAGUUUUAUUUAAAGUAUCUAGAAUGAUUUAUUUAGUCACCUCUUACCGGCAUUUCGCUACACAUUUUAUUCCAGACAGUUCUGUUUGUUCUGCUCGCUGUUCUUUACCUUCCUUGUCAGUCGGAGGGGCAGCAAAGUAAUACUUUGUUAUCUCCAUCUCCUUCACUUUACCCGCUCGACCUUUCCUCACACAAUGUAUCGGUCCUCCUUGUAAACGCGACAAUUCAAACAGGUAUGUGGCUAACUCGACGGCGGUAGUAAUAUCGCGUGUUAUUAGAACCUCCAAAUACAAGAAAGGUCAGUAAGCACCCUUAAAAAGUGCACUUAUUGAGAUCGUUGAGACAGUUUUAAAGAGACUGUGGCAUUUCUCCAGAUAUAUCCAUAGGAGUGUUGCCUAAUUGUACUUAGGUGUCCCAAUUAGUGUACAUUGUAUGCUAGCGACCUCGACACAUUAAUAAAGUUCUUAUCUUUUUAUCUUUAUCUUGAACGAAUUCCUGUACCUCUGUAUAAAAGUAUAAGUGUUGUGAUUCCAUGCUCCAUUCUGUGGUCUGCACAGUCUUAAAACAUUGUUUGGGAGGGAUUUUUUCAAGACCUGCGAAAGUAGAUUUUACAGGGGAGUGUCUCAACACCGCUUGUUGAGGUUUUUAGACCGAUAGGUGUACUGAACAGAUGUAGAAUAUAUGUUAGCGGUGCCAAGAUUGAUACAGCUCCUUGCAGCUAAGUUUCCCGACUACGUUGUUUUCAUUAGAAAGAGGAAUCAAGGGAAUGGAAAGUAUUUCUUCAAUUUAAUAAAACUACUAUGUAGCAUAUCAUCAAUUUCAUGAAACUACAACAUUCCAAAAUGACGGUUUCCAAACACACGCCAAAACGAGGGGGUGAGUAGAAAUACUUCUAGUCGCUUCAUGCUACAGAAACUGGGAUAAGCUCCGGCCUGAUUGGCCACUUGGCUCGUAUGCAGACUUUACCUUUACAGUUGCUCACUAUAGAUGGAGUAGUUUGCUGGUGAAAUAUUCGUCAUUUGAGCGAGUGAUUUUAUCUUUAGCGAGUAAGUAGCCAAGUACAACUAACAAGUUUUUCAUCAUGAACUACGAGAUCUGUAGAUAGCAGCAAUUAAUGUUUUUCUUGUUAACGUUUAGCAGACCAAGGCUAGCUUUAGCUUUCUGAAGGUUGCACUGUUGUUGCUGCUUGUAAUUAGGGAUGGCCAGUAGGUGCGCGCUUCCAAAAGUUUUUGCAAUAUACGUUUUUCGUUUUUUUUUUUUUUUUGAUUGGAAAAAAUGCGUUGUUCUGGGCAUUCACAUGCAAGUUAUCCUGGACUUCCUUUCCCGUGCGCGGGUUCAAUCACAACAUAGCGAAGGGAAGGAAGAAAUGAGGGACUGGGUUAGGACUCUCCACGAGACAUACAUAUGCUUUUAAUAGGGGGAUUCAUGCUGACGUCAUUGUUCACGUUUUUGCUCAUUUGCAUACGGCUUUGCCUACAGAAGGAAACAUGCUAGAUAUGAAUUGACUCCAAGCAGCUAAAGAGCUGGUAAAACUUAAUACGUGGUGAAAUUUUUAGCUCUUUGGGUGAAUAUUCAAGGAGAUAUUGUCUUUCAAA